AUGCCUCCCGCUACUAUGCGCGCCGUGGUGUUCAAGGGUGACUACAAGGUCGCUGUUGAGGACCGACCGUACCCCAAGAUCCAGAAACCCACAGACGCAGUCCUGAAGGUGACCAGCACCGCCCUCUGCGGAAGCGACCUGCACUUCUACCGUGGCCACCUCAAGUGCUCACCGGACUUUGUGUGCGGGCACGAGUUCGUAGGCGAGAUCGUGGAGAAAGGCGACUCGGUCUCGAAAUUCCAGAUCGGCGACAAGGUCGUGGUGCCCUUCUACACGGCGUGCCAGAACUGCUACUACUGCGUGCGGGGCCAGGCCUCCCGCUGCAAGCACGGCGAGCUCUUCGGCAACAGCGUGCCCGCCAACACCAUCGACGGCGGGCAGGCCGAGUACGUGCGGGUCCCGCUGGCGGACACCACGUUCGUCAAAGCCCCCACCAGCAUCCCGGAAGAGAUGCUCGUGCUCAUGGCCGACAUCUUCCCGACGGGCUACUUCGCGGCCUCGCGCUUCCUCAAAAACCUCAGUGACCGGGACCGCAAGGAGUAUACCACGGCGGUGGUCGGGUGCGGGCCCGUCGGGCUGUGCGCCAUCACGUGCGCCCUGACCAUGGUUGACACCGUGUACGCCAUCGACUCGGUCCCCGAGCGCCUGGAGGAGGCGAAGCGCAUCGGCGCCAUCCCCAUCAACCUCAACGACAAUCCCGCUGAGAAGAUCAAGGCGGCCAGCGACGGGCGUGGCGCCGAUGUGGUCAUGGAAGUCGUCGGGCACGCCGACGCGCUCUACCUGGCUUUUGACAUGAUCAGGCCAUGGGGCCAGAUCAGCUCUAUUGGCGUGCACACGGAGAAAUUUGAGCUGAAUGGUUUGAUGAUGUACGGCAAGAAUGUGACGAUGGCGUUCGGGCGGUGCCCCGUCCGCUCGAUAUUUGAGGACGCACUGGCGCUGCUGGUGCAGGAGCAGAAGAAGGUGGCGUUCCUGUGCGGCAAGACCAUGCCGUUGGAGGAAGCGCCCAAGGCGUACGAGGAUUUUGAGGCAAGGAAGGUGAACAAAAUUGUCUUCAAGAUGGGCGGCAAGACGGGAGAGGCCAUUGCGGACAAGGUGUGA